AUGACGGGUCGUAGCCCCCGCCAUCACCACGCGCAGCGCGAGGAAGAGGAGGCGGGGCCAAGAGAGGAGAAUGUCUACUGGCAGCAGGUCAAUUUAGGUCCCAAAAUUUCCAUCACCGAGUUGGAUCCAUGGGAGGAGGAGGAGGACGACGAAGAAGAAGAAGAGGAGGAGGAAGAAGGAGAAGAAAAAGAAGAAGAACAACAAGUUUGGUCCAUGGAAGGUGGGCACACUGAUGGGGAAUGGACAUGGAACUUGGAUGAGACAAACAUGAGAAUGGUGAACGGGGCGAAGCCGCUUAGCUCAAUGGGGUGGAAGAGAGACUCACUGAAGAAGACGGAGACCCCCUUUAGAAAUGCCAAAAAUAAUGCGAAAAAAGAAGAAGCCGAAGUGGAAAGGAAGAAGACAUGUGUGAGGGGAAAAAAAAACGGGUUUGUUACUUCGAAUGGUACACUCCUAGUGGGCACUCGUCUGAACCCGCAUCUGGACCCUCGUCUAGCCACCCGACACGGGGUGAAGAAGAAAAACCAAUUAGGAAAAAACGCAGUGGAAGCCCCCAUCGUGAGAGAAGCCACAAAACCCGGUACACAUAACUGCAAGGGACCCCUCCUGAGAGAAUUAAAAAGCGCUUGCAAAAUGGUAGCCAUGAAAGGAUGCAAAAAAACGAUAAAAUCGCAGAUCAGAGUGAAAGAUUGCGUGAAGAAUACAAAAAAUGGCAAAUCAUCCUUCGGGAAAAAAACCGCCAGUAGAGUGGGAACUCCUCACCCCGUCCAUUGUCUUCCUCCAAUCGGUGAGACAAAAUGGAAGAAACGAGAACAGGGGUCUCUCACGAGAAGUAGUGUGCACAGGAGGACUCCCACAGGGAGAGUGAAAAGUGUCCCCAAGGGGAAACCUCAAAGUGGGAGAAGUGUGAAAGGCGCUAGGAAUAAGCAGAUAGAGACUACCAAAAUUAAACACGUGGUGAAGAAGCCACCGAGGGGGGUGAACUACGUAGCGGGGAAGGGACAACAGAGGGGGGGAAUUGUCCACAGGGGAGAAGUCAUCCAAAGGGGGGAAGCCCUCCAAAGGAUGGGGAGUGCCAAUCUUAGAAGAAACAUUACGGGGAACGAGAAGAUGCACUUAAGGAAGAGAAGCUGUAUGAAGAAGGGCCCGGGGGGGAACGGCCCGCUCCCUGGGGGAGCCUGUUGCAUAAGGAUGGGGAACAGGAGAGGGGGCGAGGUCUCCUCCAACUGUCCCAGAAGGGGGAAAGGGAGAGUGAAACAAAGAGGCAGGGAAAACGUUAAAGAGGACGUUAAAGAAGACGAGAAGGCAAACGAGAAAGAAAACCCUCCCAAAGCAAAGUCGAACGGCGAGAAGGGUAAACGGGAAAACAACUCUACCGCCACCGUCAGAAGCCGCAUAGACGAAAAGCGCCAGGAACUUCUCUGCAGCUUUAGACGAAGACUCUGGGGGGGGAGCGGCACAGGGGGGUUGGUUCCAAGAGAGCUUGAUCGCAACAUGAGAUGCGGCGUUAUUAGCACGCACGUCUACACUUAUGUGGGUAGCCAAUCGGGGGAGUACAGCGGGGAUGCACCUGAAUUUGCCGCUGAAGGUACAGCUGAAGAGGCGGAGGAAGGUGAGGAGAAGGACGAGGGCUCGCUGCUCCAUCCACCCCUUCGAAGCAGCACCUGCGAAGUGAGCGCACUAUGUGCCUAUGACCACGUUACGCACUACAGACAGGGAAGAGAAAGGAGCGAUUUAAAGAUCAACACGUGGAGCAGUGAUGAUAUGAUCAUGGAAUCGGUCCCAUCUUCAUCUGGUAGUUCCAUUCAGGGGAGCAAGUCCAUCACAUGGAUCGCCUCUCGAGGGAAUGAACCCAUGGUCAGCGGAAAGAGAAGGGCACACAGCUUGAAUGGAAGACAGGAAAGUAGAGCCGUGAACCCACUCAUACUUACGAACGAUCUACGAAUUAAAGUAUGUUACAGUGAAAACUACGUCGAUUUAAGGGGGAUGGGAGGGCUUCCCCUCAAUGAGAGGGUUUCUCCUAGUGAAGUGGAAGAAGAAUCGUCUAGACGAGUGACACGGAAGGUGCCCCAACACGUGGCCGAAUCGAAGCCACACAUAAAUAAUUCAGCACUGUCCUGCCAUAGCGACGACCGCCUCGUAAACAUAAGUGAUGACCUGUUCCUCAUUUCGCAAGACUCGGAAAAGAUGAAAUUAAAUGGCUUUCUGGAGAGAAUCAAUUCGAAGGAGCCUUUCGACGCAGAGGAGGAAUGCACCGCAAAUACCUGGAAGGGACACACGACAGAGUGUCACCCGACAGAGUGCCAUACGAGAGAGUGCCAUACGAGAGAGUGCCACACGACAGAGUGCCACUCAUGUAUGGAAGGUAACCUGCUAUGCACUUCUCAUUUUGUAGAUGCAGAUAAUGGGAAGGGAACUCCUCCUCCGAUAAAAGAGAUGGAGAAAGAUAUUUAUCCUGUAAGAAAUCUGGUUGCUGAUGGGGAGGGGGCACAUGGAUUAGAAGGCGAUGACUGUGUUGAAAUUCAACGUGCAAAUGAGCAGUCAACUGGGUGGUCCACCCCCAAGUUGAGAAAACACCAAAUGGGGAGCACCUCACAGAAAGGCAGCGCAACUAUCUGGAAGGGGAUUGACUUCACCGUGGGGGCGGAGACACCCAAAAGGGACACAAACACACGGAGACAUAGAAACCAACUUGGCACUGUUGGCUCUGUUGGCACUGUUGGCAGUGGCAUUAAAAUAAGAAGAAGCCAUUCCUUGCGGAGAAGCGGAUAUAGUGUUGAAAAAUAUAGAAGGAGCCAUCAUGGGGGGGAGAGGCAGACGGGGAGGAAGGCAAAGGACCCAGAGACAAAUGGCCCUGAGACAAAUAACGCACAGACAAAUGCCCCCCACACAAGCGAUCAUACGGAAAGCUUCAUGGAAUCCUUUUUACUCCACGAGGAGAGGAAUCUCUCUCUACACCCUUUUACGCUCGACAAUGGAAGCAGGUCCACGUCAGCAUCCCUUUGGGAGUGCCCCAGGAGAAAGUUCGUCCAAAGUGCCGACUCUAAUUGUUUACUAAGCGAGGAUAGCCAUUUGGACAACAUGAUGCAGGUGAGGGAAAAAAUCAGUCAGGUGUCAGUAGUACCCCGCGUUGAACCGAAAGGGAGGAUAAACAAUAAGUAUCAUAGAAAGAGCAGCCGUGGAAGAAACCCAAAUGAAGCCUUGCUCAAAUUGGCAGACAUCUCUCAAAUGAAAGGAACAACAUCAGGGAAGUUAAAAGGAAGCUUCCAAAUGAACCAUCCUUGUGGUGGAAUGUCCACAGACGAGGAGGAAACUCGUCAUCGAGUUAGCAAUGGCGAGAAAAGAGACACCAUCCGUUUUGAACAACACUCUAAAGGGAGGAACAACUUCCCAUUUGAAGCGGAGAGGAGAGGCAAGAGUGUCACAAAGGAAGGUAGCGGGGAUCCGUCCCCACGUCAGCGUCUACACACAGAGGGUUCUAUCAGUGGCGGCGCGGGUGUGAGGCACCCCACUCCAAAGAGGAUUGCCCUAACCCCUAAACCGGAUGCAGCCCAGAAGGGCAAUGCAGAGGAGAUACAAACAAACGACACGAGCAGAAAGGUGACUCAUCAUGUAGGUAAUAACACCGAAGAGGCAGGAUGUCAGCGUGAAAGAGAAAAUGCGGAGGGAAGAGGCGCACCGAGAGGGAGUGAUCCCCCAUCAAAGAGCUCUUCCUCCUUAGUCAAUCAAAACCGUGAAUCAACGCGGAUUGAGAAAGACAAGAAAAAAAAGGUGAAAAGAAAUAGUGGCCAAAUAUACCAUGGAAAGGGGAAGAUAAAAGAUGAGGAGAGAGAAAAAAAAGUCCCUUCCUACGCUGUGUUGCAAAUGCUGAUUAGGAAGAAAACAAAAAAGGGGCUUAUAAACACCGAUAGGGGGAGAAAAACUUGGAACAGGUUAACGUGCAAUCGGUGCAAGUGCGACGUGGUGGGGAACGUGACACACGAAUGUGUGUUUUUUCCGGAAAGAAGGAAUGCCAAUUUGAAGGUCCAAAGCGAGUGCAGUUCCGCGCUUUGUGGAGCGGUGCCGGGGGGAAGAACCAAAAAAAAAGGGACCACCCAGAGGAAAGCAGCUAAACGGGUUAAAGGGGCUAAAGGGGUAAAACGCGUUUGCAGUGCGAAAAGAGGUGUCCUGCGGAAGGUGGAGAAAGAAUGGGGGGUCUGGAUGAAAGACGAGGUCCUUGAAACACAAGACUGCUUUGAAGAUUCGGCUACGAGGGUCGAAUGCCUGGAAGGUACCCCCAAGAGGGAGAAGCGGGUCAGGGAUGCCAAUGAAGCUAACAACGCCAAUGAGGCUAACAACAUCAAUGAGGCUGACAACGCCAAUGAAGCUAACAGCACCAGGAGAGCCAUGCCAGACAAUCAAUGCAGGACGACCUCUCCCAGGGAUAGCCAUAGAGACGGUGGAGGAACACCCAAAACGGAUUCAACACCUGGAGGAGAAGACCCCUCCGAGAGUCCCACCACGAGAGGGUUAGAAAAAAUCCCCCCAAGGGAAAUACACACAAGGGUGAGUACAGAGAUGAGUAGAAAAAGGAAUAUAAAAAAUGGAGACAAAAGAGUCCCGUGUGAUGAAGCAAUGAAGGAUGGAAGGGAAGGAACAGCCAUCUCAGUUCCCCCCCCUCGGAGUGCACUCCUCGAGGAAGGUAUCCAAAGAAGUAACGUUCGUGAUAGUAGCCGUUGUUUAGGGCAAGGAAGGCACGAGGUGUCUCUGCUGGAGGAGCUUAUUCAGGAAGAAAGAUGCCAUGUCGAGGGGGAACAGAAGAGAAGCAUAAAGGGGGUGUAUGCGGAGUCGGGGGAAUGGACAAAGGAACGAAGGGAGAGCACUAGCAUAGGGAUCGAACCCGAAACAGUACACACAGUGAAGAGCGAAAGGGGUGAUCAAAUGAAAUGGGUGGAGGAGCGAUCCAAAUCGGAGGACCGAUCCGAAGCAGACUCGCUCCGUGUGGACGAUGUAGAGAAGUUUCACCAGACGCAUUAUGCGGACAAAUUGGACUUCCCCUUAGGAGGGUUAAGCAGAAGUGGCGGCGGUAGCGGCGGUAGCAGUGGCAGUGUUCGACGUGGGAGGCGGAAGGGGGACUCGGACAUGAAACAAACCACCGGGAGAGUGCCCAACGAUUACGCUGAUAGUGGAAGCGGCGAAGAAGGAAGAAGCCGACGAAAGGGAAACGACCCCAAUUGGGGAAGAUUUUCCUUCUCACUUAACUUGGAGAGGUACGUGGCAGAUCAUCGGAUAAAUCAGAUCAAUUUGGAAAGGAGCCUUUUUGGUGGGAAGCAGGAGGGGGAACACAUAUCGGAGUCUACAUCGAAGUCUACAUCGAAGUCUACAUUGGGGUGCAAUCCUCAUGGGACUCAAUGGGAGGGUGCAUUAGGAAGUCCUCAAAUGGGAGAGGUUCUUGCGGAAAACCCAGACACACGAACGAUUGAGCAGAAUGAAGGUAACGCCCCCCCUCAGAGGAGAAGACAGAUUACGUGGAGCACACAAGAAACCGACACCAGAAAUCUGAAGCCCAUUUUUUUUAAAUGUAACGAAAGAGAGGUGAUGAAUGUCAGGGAAAGAAAAAGUGUCACUAAGGAGGAUGUGAAGAAAGACGUACCUCACUUUAAUAGGAGAGAAUGUGCAUACCCAGAUGACGAAGAAGGAGAAGAUUGUUGGAGGAGUUCUCCAUUAGACAAGGCCACCACCGAUCAGGACGAUUCCUCCUUACGCGUCAGUGAAGGAGGGAUCGAACUUGGGUCAAUCGUAGAGGAUUUCUUCCUAAGCAAAAUUAAAGGAAAAAAAAGAAAAAAAAAAAAAAAAGAAGAAAAAGAAGAGAAAGAAGAGAAAGAAAAAAAGGAAAGAAACUACCUCUUCAGAGCGGUCUCCCUGAAUGACGUUUAUGGGCGAUUCUUUCCGCAGAGCAGACGAUUUGAUAGCUUUUCUCAGAAGGGAGAUGAUUGCAGAAAAAAACUUAACAUUGGUGGUGGUAGUCCCUUUCCUCACUCGGUUGGAAGCAGUGCCAAGUGCGUUCCGAAGUGCAUUCCCAAGGGCAUUCCCAAGGGCAUUCCACACCUGCUGAGCAGGACGAAGAGUUUGGUUUUUGGACGAGGAAGAAGUGACUGCGCUGGGGGGACACUCACUGAGGCAGUUGCUACUCCCAAUAGAGGCAGAAGCGUCAUCACCAGAGUGACACCCCAUCCCGGCAAACUAGAUGAAGGAAGCUUAUUUAAAAAAAGAGAAACACCAAAUGGUUCCUCUCGACCAUCACUACUACUUCGUAUGAGCGACGUAGCGGUGCGGCAAAGGAGAGUAAAUGUUUUCAGGAGGACCAAAAGUUGUUCCUUACUUAAGGGGAAUGCCUUGGAACGAGAUUGUGCGUGGGAAGCGACGAGGGAGAAAUCGGUUGGGAAAGCGGUAGGGAUGUCGGUUGGGAAUGGCCUUUUGACAGCUACCAUUGCGGCUACCAGAACGCCAGUCGGAGAGUCCACCAACACCGGUACAGCUGUGAUGCGCAGUCCCCUGACGUGCGGAAAGACCUUCAGGGAAAGCCACGCCAUUAAUAAGAGCCUCGAGAAAAGUGUGCAGACCCAGACGAGUGGCUGCUUGUGGAGCCCCUGUCUUCUGUUUGAGAGCGGCGUCAAGGAGUGA